ACCUAGUGAUAUCUGCUUUUUACAACUGGUGUAUAUUGCUGGGUGGGUAGUACCUCCCUGGGAGAGCUACCUGAAGUGAAGCAAGUGAUUCUGCACUCUUAGAGCAAAGAAUCUUCUUCACAUCCUCUGAGAAGAAAGGAAGACAAAAGAACUGGGGGAAAAAACAUGAUUUCUUCAAGUACAGAGUCCCUUGAAGUUGAACUCUCAACCUUUUAUGACUAUUACGAUACUUAUUACGAUGCUCCAAAACUAUGCAGUAAAGAAGGCGUCAGGAGGUUUGCAGCCUCCUUCCUACCUGUUCUGUAUUCCCUGGUGUUCCUGGUCGGGCUCACUGGAAACAUUCUCGUCAUAGUGGUCCUUUUAAAAUACAAGAGGCUGAAGAGCAUGACUGACGUGUACCUGCUAAAUCUCGCCAUUUCAGAUUUGCUCUUCGUUUUAUCCUUGCCGUUCUGGUCUUAUUUCUCAGUAGACCAAUGGGUUUUUGGAACUCCUUGGUGUAAAAUCAUUUCGUGGAUCUACCUGGUUGGGUUUUACAGCGGGAUAUUUUUUAUUAUGCUAAUGAGCAUAGACAGAUACCUGGCAAUUGUCCGUGCAGUGUUUUCCUUGAAAGCAAGGACCGCCUUCCAUGGCUUGAUUACUAGUCUUGUUGUAUGGCUAGUAGCUCUUCUGGCCUCAGUCCCUGAGCUUGUAUUUAGAGAGUCUUUUAAUGAACAUAAUUAUACUACCUGCAAGCCGAUAUUUCCAGGCAAUUUCACAACAUGGAAGCUUUUCUCCACUUUGGAAGUCAACAUUUUAGGGCUCCUAAUCCCUUUUAUAAUAAUGACAUUUUGCUACUCCAUGAUCAUUAAAACAUUAAUUCACUGUAGAAAUGAUAAAAAGAAUAAGGCUGUGAAGAUGAUUUUUGCUGUCAUGAUUGUGUUUUUCUUUUUUUGGACCCCCUACAACAUUGUUAUUUUCUUACAACUGCUGGAAUUUAUGGGAGUCAUUAAAGACUGUCAAGUGAGCAGGAGUCUGGACUAUGCUUUCCAGGUGACGGAAAUCCUUGGUCUUUUUCACUGUUGCCUCAAUCCAGUCAUCUACUUCUUCAUGGGGGAGAAGUUUAAGAAGUACCUGAAGAUGCUCUUCAAGAACUGGCAGUUACCUGGGUAUUUCUGCAAGUGGUGUGGAGUUCACAUCACUUACCACACUGAAUCUACUAGCUCAUUCCACACACAGUCUACAGGGGACCAAGAUGGUCUGUAAUGCAUUUCAAACCAGCAACUGAACUCAGCAGCAAGCAAACUGACAACAGCAGGAACUUCAAAAAGCAGGAACUUUGAAAAGCUAAGCAAAUGCAGAUACAUUUAACAAUAAGCUAGUGCUGGAUAAUUACUUACUUCAGCUUUAUUUGUGCCUCUAGAUUUUCUGAGUAUUAUGGCAGAAGAUGGAACACAGGAAAUGUGGAACACAGGAGAUGGACAUGCAAGGUUUCUCUGCUGUGGUUACAAAUCACUGCUGAGCUCUGUGCAAAGCACUGCACUGCGUGGCUUCUUUUACUCCAUCAUCAAGACAUUGGCCUGCAUGGAGGGGCAGACGUGAGACAGCACCUUGUCAUCAGCACAUACACUUGGAAAACAUAUCCAUGUAUUCAAGAAGGAUGAUUAUAACCAUAUUUUUUAUUCUGCAGUUGAUCUAUGUAGGACUUUUUCACUCAUGACUCUUAGGUAGCUAUUAGCAGCACCCGCUACUUUUAAAUGUUUCAUUUCAGGGGGGAUGAUAUACUCCCUGUUAUUAAGAAAAAGGACAAAAUAUAUUCUUUGUAUGCACAAAGACACAAAGCAAAGCCAUUACUUUUCAUUGUAGGUGUGUUUUCCCUCAUAUAUGCCUAUAUGUAGGUGUAUAUAUAGAAAUUUCAAAUUACUUUAUCACUGUAACUCAGGAUAGCAAUUCUGUAUUUUAAUUAACAAAGAAAAUAUUUUGAAUAUUUUUGAAUAAAAGUGUUUAAAAAAACCUUAUUUUCCAGCAUGUGUGAAUAAGUCAGAAGCACCUUGGUUAAAAGUAUAUAUUUUAAAAUGAAUGCCCUUUCUUCCAAAAGUUCCUAAGACUCAGUUUUCAUUCACUGGAGAUGUACCAGGCAAAACAAAAGAAAGUAAAAACAGAGAUUGUGUAGAAAGAGUAUUUCAUAACUUAGUAACCACACAUAAAAUCCUUGCAUUUGAUAACAGCAAAAUGCAAACAGAGUAGCCGCCCAUAGGAUAUUAAUUAAUCAGAGAUCUGUAACAGGAAGGAAACACACAGCAGUGUUUAGAUUUUGGCACAAAAAUGAUUUUAAAAGAGGCAAAAAAUCAGUAAUGUGGUGGCAGACAAAUUAAGAGUUAAAAAAAUAUAUUAGAAAAUAUUUCUGAUUCUGUGUUAUUAUCUGAUGUGUCUUUUUGCUGGAUAACAACAAUUCAGAUUACUUAUUAUACACCAGAUGUCCAGGGCAAAGAGUGGUAUGAGGGAAUGGCUUGCAGUCUGGUCCAGGUCUGGGCAAAUUCUGUGGUGAGGGAGGAUGCUGACUCUGGUCACGUUGGAAUCAACAGGGUGCACCCAGCCACCAUGCAGCAAUGCCACAAACAGAGCCAGUGCAGAGCCUCUCUCCCACACAGAACUCAAAUGUGCCUCAUGUCACCACUUGGCUUUGUGCCCCACGGCCUGUGCACGUUUCCCUUGGCAUAGAGGGUGGCUGGUGAAGCUAGAACUCCUCCCAGGUGAAUGUUGUCUUGUUCCUCUGUACAAAAUAGCCUCUUCCAGUUCUCCCAGUAAUAUUCACAGCUGCUCAAUGUGUGUGCUGGACGAGCAACUGAGCUGAAAGCUGUGCUCUGAGCAGCUUUGCUGUGUUGGGUGCAAAGAGGUGCUCACGUUAAAUUGAUGGGUUCAGGAAUUCAGGUCCUGGGGCUGGAGCUUAUUGAACAUGGAUGGCUUCCUCCUCUGUCACCUGAACAAAUCCCUCUCCCCCAUGCACCAAGCUGCAGUGGGCAAUGCCACUCCUCUUUGGAGAGAGGGCUUUGAAAUCUGCUGAUGAGAUAGGACAAUAUUAUAGUAUUAAUACAGACAAAAAUAAAGAAGGGAUUUUCAAAAUGGCACUUGACAGAGGUUGUUAUUUUAGCUGAACAAGAGUUUCCAGCAGUGAACAAUGUAUGUACAAACCUACUGAACCAUGAAAGAAAAUGGAUAUACAUUUGAGUGAAGCAAAGCUGACUCAUUCUUAAAGCCAGAUUCUUACAUCAAGAUCCCUCAGAAGACCACACUGCAUCCUCUCUUCAGUUAUACUAAGCAGCCAUAGAAAGGUAGAUAAAGGGGGAAAUCAGCUAAUUAGAUUACAUAUAAAUAAUGAUGAAAAGAUAACAAGAAGUUGAUUCAUGCUUAGGCCACUUAAGUCACUCCCUAAACAAAAAGCUGAAUUACACAUUUACUCCAGAGGACACCUUUACCCCUUUUAAUCAUGCAGAAGCAGCAUUGUGGUCAGCAGCCUGCUCCCAGUCAAUCUGCUCCUCUCAGUCUGAUAGCCAAAAUUGCAAUUCUCCUUCCUGGACUGCACCUGCUUGUCAUUGUCUCAGCACCAGCUCUGCACUCCUACUCUGAAGGGAAGUACAAUUCCACAGGCAUCAUAAUGCUCCUCUGUUACCAGGAUGCUGCUAAACUGCCACAGAGAUCUACAUCACACAUUCUUCUUCAAGAGCUCUUAAUUCUCUGCAGUUUUAUCCAACAUCUCUCUCUUAACACAACCAGAGACCAACUUCAUCACAUCCUGCCUCUUAUGUCAACAUCUCCAUCUGACUUAAGUUACAGUUAGAAAUCAAGGGCUAAAACUAAAAACAUU